AUCAUCUCUAUUUCUCCUUUAAUAAAGACAAGUAAGCAGAUCUCCCCUCACAUGCACUCCUAGUCCCCUUCCCUUAUCUGAAAAAAUUCACCCCCAUUUCUGUCUCACCAAUGGAAACUGCCUGCAACUUAUUCCACAACAAUUCCAACAACAACAACAACAAUAAUAAUAAUAAUUCCUCUAGAGGUCCAUUUUAUAAUUUCACUCAUUUUGCAUGGGACAAUAAUAUCAACAACUGGGAGCUUGCUACUCCUUCCUCUCAUUCCCAUUCCGCCGCCUCACACUACGAUCUGUUUCACCACCCCCCGGAGAUGCUCUACGGCGGUGCACUCUACGGCGGCGGUGUUAGUGGACCCCACAACCAUCCGGACCCUCACUUGAUGUGCUUGAAGCUGGGGAAGAGGAACUACUUUGAGGACCCUAAUGGCAGAAAUGUGUCCACAGGGCUAACGAUUUCGAAGCGGGGGAGGGGCUAUUGUGACGGCGGAGAGGCGGCGGUGACGGUGGCGAUUCCAGCUACGGUGCCUAGGUGUCAGGUCGAGGGGUGCCACGUGGCGUUGUUGAAUGCUAAGGAGUAUCAUAGGAGGCAUAAGGUUUGUGAGCUUCACUCAAAGGCUCCUAAAGUUGUGGUGCUUGGAAUGGAACAACGAUUCUGUCAACAGUGCAGCAGGUUUCAUUUGGUGACGGAGUUUGAUGAUACAAAGAGAAGUUGCAGGAGGAGACUAGCAGGGCACAAUGAGAGAAGAAGAAAGAGUUCUCAAGAACAUUCUACUACUGUGAUCAGAAACAACAAUCCUUCUCAAGGCCGUGCUCUCUCUCUUCUGUCAUCGAGGAACGACUCCUCGAUUUCAUCCCCCGAUCUCUCUUCAAGAUGCAGUGCUGCCCUCCGGGAACUUAUUGCAGAGAAUCGUGCAGCCCUCCUGGCUAAGCAGUUCGUUUUCGACAAGGACCUGCCUUUUCACCAUGCAGAAGAUGUAAAUGUGCAACAAAACAAUCACUCCAGUCAUCAUCAUUAUCAUCACCAUCCUCUUGUUUCCACUAACGAGAGCCAUAUGUUUUCGGAGCCACAGGGCUGGGAUCGGUUCGAUGAACCAGGCACGAAUAACGUGACACUAGACCUUAUGCAGGCACCAACUUCAGCAUUUGAAUUGUUGUCAAUGAGGGGCAAGUCCAAGGAAGAUGAAGAGUGUUCUCAGUUGUGGAGCUCUUUUAGUUGAAUACUUGUGAUUUGGAGCUAUAUUUGAAACCUAUCACCAGUUCUUGUAAUUUUAGUCAUUUCCAUUUUUUAUAAAAAAAUUGUAUAUUCGGAAACUAAAUUUGUGACUGGAAACUGGAUGAUUUGAAAUGAAGAGAUGUGUGAUAACUGGUUUUCCUGGUGCUAA